AUGCUCUACGACCUCAAUAUCCCGUGGACACCCUCCACGCCCCGCGACGAACUCAACCGCACAGUCAACUUUGCCUCGUCACUGGGCUACGCAGUAGUUGCCCUCAACCACACAGUAACACCCCCGAUCCCAUCACAAAUAACGAAUCCCCUCCCGAAAUUCCCACCAACAACGACAACGACACCCUCACAAUCCACAAAGACGCCGACGGUCCUCCACCGCGCAACGAUCCUCCUCGCCGACCCCGCCCAGAACUACCGCCUGCCCGCCCUCGCCGCAGCCUACGACAUCCUCGCCGUCCGCCCCACCACCGAAAAGGCCUUCCAGGCCGCCUGCCUCAACAUGGCCGAGCCCUCCCUCAUCUCCCUCGACAUGACCCAGCACUUCCCCUUCCACUUCCGCCCCAAGCCGCUGAUGGCCGCCGUUGCCCGCGGCGUGCGCUUCGAGGUGUGCUACUCCCAGGUGCUCUCGGCGCCCGGGGGCCAGGGCCCGCCGGACGCCCGCGCGAGAGCGCUCUUCAUCUCCAACCUGGCGUCGCUCCUCCGCGCGACAAAGGGCCGCGGUGUCGUCGUCAGCAGCGAGGCCAGGUCCGCGCUCGACCUCCGCGCGCCGGCGGACGUGGUGAACCUGAUGGCCGUGUGGGGGCUCGGCAGCGACAAGGGCACGGAGGCGCUGGGCGUGAACCCGCGCGGCGUGGUGGCGAACGAGGGGAUCAAGAGGACUGGCUUUAGAGGAGUUGUGAAUGUUCUCGAGGUCGGCGGGCGGGCGGAGGAUGAGGCCAAGAAGAAGGCCGAGGGGAAGAAGGACGGCAAGGCCAAGCAGGGCGGCGACAAGUCAGGCAACGCCCAGAAGCGCAAGACGCCUGAUGACUCGGGGGACAGCCCGCAGCCGACCAUCAGCAAGAGGCAGGCGAAGAAGUUGAGGUUAGCGCAGAAGGAAAAGGAGAAGGCGUCAUCAUAG